GCCUUUGGGUCGGUGACCACCAGCCACAGCAGCAGCUCCACGCGUUUCUCCAUGGUCCUGUCAUUGGAUUUCAGCGCCACUGGCCGAAUAACUGCUGCUCACCUCCAGACCAUGCUGCUGGAGAGGGUUCGUGUUGCCCAGCAGCCCCAGGGUGAGAGCAACUUCAACGUCUUUCCGCUGAUGCUGGCAGGUCUGGACGUGGCUCAGAGGACAAUGCUGCAUUUGCACCAGAUGGCUGAGAGCAACUCCUUUGGAAUCAAGCCGUUUGCAAAGCCCGAAGAGAAGCAGAAGGCCUCUGCAACGUUUGCCCAGCUCCAGGCUGCCAUGGGCACACUGGGAAUCACAGCGGAGGAGCAGCAAGCCAUCUGGCGAGUGUUAGCAGGCAUCUACCACCUUGGCGCUGCUGGGGCUUGUAAAGUUGGCAGGAAGCAGUUCAUGAAGUUCGAGUGGGCAAAUAAAGCUGCAGAUGUUCUGGGCUGCGACUUCGAGGAGCUCACCACUGCCGUCUUCAAACACCACCUCAAGCAGAUCAUAGAGCAGGUCGCGGCUCGGGGCAGUCGGCUGCCCUUGGAAGAGGAGACUCCUUCAGGGCCGAAGAUGACUGGUGUGGAGUGCGUGGAGGGGAUGGCUGCGGGUCUCUACGAGGAGCUCUUUGCUGCUGUCGUCUCCCUAAUCAACAGGUCCUUUUCGUCCCACCACCUCUCCAUGGCAUCAAUCGCAGUGGUGGACACGCCUGGCUUUCACAACCCGCGGCAUCAGAGGAGGGAGCGAGCGGCCACUUUUGAAGAACUUUGUCACAACUACGUGCACGAGCGGCUGCAGGCCCUCUUCUACGAGAAAACGUUCCUCUCUGAAAUGGAGAGGUACAAAGAGGAAAAUGUUGAGGUGUCUUUUGAUCUUCCAGAGCUCUCUCCAAAGGCCACGCUAUCCAUCAUCGAUCUGAACCCGUCACAGCCGCAGGCGCUGCCCGGAGGCUCGGCGGCUGGGCCCCGGGGGCUGCUGUGGAUCCUGGACGAGGAGGUGCUGAUUCAGGGCUCUGGGGACGGUGCUGCCUUUGACCGCCUGUGCUCCUACUUUGCCAAGACAGGAGCUGACCAGGACGAGGAACGCUACAUGCGCAAGUGUGAGCAGGUGCUGCAGUUCGAGAUCUUCCACCAGCUGGGCACAGACCCUGUUCGCUACGACCUCACGGGUUGGGUCAGCAAAGCCAAACUCAACUUGUCAGCGCAAAACGCCAUCCAGGUCCUGCAGCAGUCCAAGAUAAGUGCUCUGAAGGACCUGUUCCUGCCUCGCUCCAAAAUGCCCCUGAUUUGCCGCUCUGUGGCAGGUCUGGAGGGAUAUUCCCAGCCAGUUUUGCAGCGAAUUGGCUGCGUGAGGAAGACCUUCACCAACAGCUUUGCUGCCGUGAAGAGGAAAUCCGUGUGUGCUCAGCUCAAGCUGCAGACGGACGCGCUCACAAACCUGCUCAAAAGAUCCCAGCUGCACUUCAUCCACUGCCUUGUUCCACGAGCGGGCGCGGACGGCACGGGCUCUCAGCCCCCCGCGCCACCUGAGGGAGACCUGCAGCUGGACGUGCCAGUCCUGCGAGCCCAACUGGCGGGUGCCCAGCUCCUGGACGCCGUGCGCCUCUACCGCACUGGUUAUGCGGAUCGCCUGCCCCUGACACAGUUCCGGCGCUGCUUCCAGGUGCUGGCUCCGGAGGUGAUGAAGAAAUACACGUCUGCCUACGAGGUGCCGGACGAGAGCAAGGCGAUAGAAGAGCUCUUCCAGGUGCUCGACCUAGAGAAGAAAAGUGUCGCAGUAGGGCGCAGCCAGGUUUUCCUGAAGCCGGGGGUCAUCUCCAGGCUGGAGAAGCAGCGCAACAAGCUGAUAUCCCAGAAAAUGAUCCUCCUUCAGGCGGCUUGCAAGGGCUUCCUCAGCCGGCAGAAAUUCAAGAGGUUGAAGAUUCAGCACCUCGCCAUUCGGUGCAUCCAGAAGAACCUGGUGGUCUUCCAGGCUGUGAGGCACUGGCCCUGGUGGCAGCUGAUGAGCCGUGUGCGGCCCUUACUCAGCAUCAAUGUUGCAGAAGAUCAGCUCCGUGCCAAAGAAAAGGAGCUGGCAGCACUAAGAAGAAAGCUGGAAAAAUCAGAGCAGUCAUGCAACGAGCUCAGGCAGAACUCAGAAAAGCUGGAAAGUAAGGUAAAGCCUGAGAAAUGUCUCUGUGCACACUCGUGGAUCCUCACGUGAGUCCCAUUAGAAAUUGAGCUGCAUCAUGGUAAUUAUGGACAGCAAUACAAGGAGUCGAAUGGGAAUGUCGCCUUGUC